AUGGAAGAAGGGUGGAGCGCAUGCCUCCAGACCUUCGAGGGUCAUAGCCGCGAUGUCAAUUCAGUCACAUUUUCCCAUGACUCCAAGUACUUGGCCUCGGCUUCCAGAGAUGACACCGUUAAGGUGUGGGAUGCCAGCAGCGGGCAGUGUCUCCAGACCCUCGAGGGCCAUAACGAUGGAGUUGAAUCAGUCACAUUUUCCCAUGACUCGAAGCUGCUCGCCUCGGCUUCUGAAGAUUCCACCGUCAAGAUAUGGGAUACCAGCAGCGGGCAGUGUCUCCAAACCCUCAAGGGUCACAGCGAUGGGGUUAAUUCCGUCACAUUCUCCUAUAACUCAGAGCUACUUGCCUCGGCUUCUGAAGAUUUCACUAUCAAGCUGUGGGAUACUAGCAGCGGCCAGUGCCUCCAGACGCUUAAGGGCCAUAGUAAAGGGGUCAGAUCGGUUACAUUCUCCCUCAACUCGAACCUACUCGCCUCAGCUUCUACAGAUUCCACCGUUAGGAUAUGGGAUGCCAGCAGUAGCAAGUGCCUCCAGAUUCUUAAGGGCCAUAGCGACUGGGUCGGAUCGGUCGCUUUCUCCCAUGAUUCUAGGCUCCUUGCCUCCGCAUCAUACAAUAGCUCUGUCAAGUUAUGGGAUACCACCAGCGGCCAAUGCCUACAGACCUUCGGGGAUCAUAACGAAUGGGUCGGAUCGGUUGCCUUCUCCCAUGAUUCCAAGCUCCUCGCCUGGGCUUUGGGAGAUUCCACCGUUAAGAUUUGGGAUACCAGCAGCGGCCAAUGCCUCCAGACCCUCAAAGGCCAUGGAUCUACGGUCAACUCGGUCGCAUUUUCCAAUAACUCGAAGUUACUCGCCUCGGCUUCUACAGACUCCACUAUCAAGGUAUGGGAUACCAGCAGCGGCCAAUAUUUGCAGACCAUUGAGGGCCACAGCAAAUGGAUCAAUUCAGUCAUGUUUUCUUAUGACUCAACGCUACUCGCCUCAGCUUCUGAUGAUUCCACGAUUAAGAUAUGGGAUGCUAGUAGCGGCCAAUGCCUCCAGACUCUCAAGGGCCAUAGUGAUUUGGUCAUAUCGGUCAUAUUCUCCCGUGAUUCUAAGCUACUUAUCUCGGCUUCUGAAGAUUCCACUAUUAAGAUAUGGGAUACUAGAAGCGCCGAGUGCCUCCAGACCCUCGAGGGCCAUAGCGACUGGGUCGGAUCAAUCGCUUCCUCCUAUAAUUCUAAGCUACUUGCCUUAGGCUUAGGCGAUUAUACUAUUAAGGUAUAG